AUGGAUGGAACCGAUCCCGACCAAGUGGCCCGCGCCAUCUUGAGCCAUCUCAGAGAUGCCGCGCCACAGGGCGACGCUGCCAAGAGGAACGCACGGCUGCGAUCCCUACUGAGAGAUUUGAAGCUAGGCGAGGGCGUGGGUCGUGCCCUGCUCGCAGUCUCGCGCGAUCUCGGGCUGCGCCGCACCGGCCGCCUGCUCCCGCUCCUCUACUCGAGCCAGGAGAAGGGCAGCAUCAACCGCCUGACCUACCUCCUGCUCACCCUGGCCCACGGACACAUACAGCAAGGGGACAAGGAACCAAAGGACUUGACCAAGGCUCUCGGACUGCUCACGAACGGUGUUGUGGAGACGUGGGAGGCAGAGGACAUACCCCUCCAAGGUGCGCUCACCUUUGCUCGCGCGAUCGUCUCCCCUGACGAGCAGGACGUCGCCAAGCUGCUCCGGGUCAUCCCGCGCUCGUCCUACUUCUCCCUGGCCGAAGGCAAGGAGUACCAGCCCGGCAGCAUUGAAUGGAGCCCACGCGAGCUCGGCGGGCUCGUGGGCCAACUGAAGCAUGAGCGCGCCGAAAGGAGGGACCUCGAGUUCUUCAUGGACAUCCUCGUCAAGGAGGGAGGCUGGGGGAGGGAAAAGUCGGUGGCGCCUGCGGAAGCGACCAGUGACUCGCCCGCGACAACCACUCAACGCAAGGACCUCCCCAAGUCGAGCAAACCCACUGUGGCCUACGAUCUCGACUAUGUGCCCAAGGUGGUGGGACCUGCUCUGGCGCCGUUCUUCGACUAUUGGGGCAACCAGGACUAUGCCACGGUUAUCCAGUGCCUCAUUACGGCCUUCUCCCAGCACGCUGUCGCCACAUAUGGACAGCAGACACUGACCAAGGAGCAAUACCACGACUUUUGUAUGGAGAUGAUGGCACAGACGGCCAUUUCCUCAAAGCCCACCGUCGGAAUGCUGCACUACAUGAUCAACGACAUCACGUCAGGGUGGGAGGAGCACGAUGUGGACGCCCUUUCAACCCGGUUGGAGGCCAGAAUGAAGCCUCACAGCUUCUUCCGGCGGUGGUUCAGAAAACUGUUCAACCAACCGACGCCCAACUGA